AUGCUUCGUCGCCCGUGCUCCAUCCAUGCUCUCCGCCUGGCAACUCCGCCAACCUGCAGUAGAACUGCCUUCCCAACCCUUCUCAGACGCACACGCGACCACAUCCGAGUUGACCACACCCGCCCAUUCUCCUCGAAAUCGGCGCUGCGCAACGCUGCCCCGUCACCCACACACUAUGAAAUCCUCAAGUUGCCACCGACCGCGACGGCGGCCGAGCUAAAACGCCAAUUCUACAUUCUUUCCAAAGAAACACACCCGGAUCACAACCGAGAUGACCCCAAAGCAGGCGACCGCUUCGCACAGAUCAGCGAAUCCUACUCGGUACUGGCGAACCCCGAGAAGCGCAAAAGAUAUGACCGCGACGUGAUGCGUACCCACCAUGCUUCCAGCCGGCGUCACCAUGGCUCACAUUCGUCGCACAGCAGCUACGCCGGCUCACGACCCGCCACAGGCUUGAGCAAGCGUCGCAGUGCGUUCAAGGGUCCACCGCCCAGUUUCUACGCCCAUGGGAAGCCCUCCGCCAACACGGCGCAGCAAGCUCAGUCGUCCUCGUCGAGCGGUGGAGAUCAACACAUGGCAGGGACCUUCAAUGCAAGUUCUUACACCGACCCAGGCUAUCACGACCCAGCGUUCAAUGCGUCCGCGGUAUUCAAAACCCAGACGCACGAGGACUACCGGCGAGCGAACCGCCGUGCUGCCGAGGUGGCUGCGGUGCAGGCACUGGCAGAGGACGAAGGGAACUUCUGGACGCGGUUCAUUGUGGUGUCUGGGAUCCUGGUGCUCACCGUCACGUUUGCUUCGUUUAUUGCUUCCAAGUCGGUUCCGAGGUCUGGGAAAGGCGGCCUUCUGAAAGCAGAUGGAAGCCGUCGGGAUGGGGUGAAGAAAUGA